AUGGUGUCGGGCGAAUUCAAGAAAUCAGAACUCAUCGCCAAAUACGGCUUGCUGCCUCGAGACCUCCGAAAGAUCGACUCCUCGGUCCUUCCCCACAUCCUCGUCCGUCCUUCCGCCAUCCUAAUAAAUCUCCUCCAUCUCCGAGUCCUUAUUCAGUCUGAUAGAGUUUUGGUUUUUGAUGCCUUUGGAAGCACGGACUCUUACACUCAGUCCCUGUUCAUGUACGACUUGGAGGGCAAAUUGCGACAGAAAGUGGACCCUAGAAAUGGCUCCCUCAAUCUUCCAUACGAGCUGAGAGCUCUUGAAGCAGUUCUCAUUUCCGUCACUUCAGGUCUGGAAGCGGAAUUCGCAUUGGUUCGAGAACCGGUCACACAUAUUUUAAGAGAGCUGGAAGAAGAUAUCGACAGAGAUAAACUACGGCACUUGCUCAUACAUUCCAAAAAGCUCGGAACAUUUGAGCAAAAGGCCCGACUUGUUCGAGAUGCCAUCGAGGACCUGCUUGAAGCCGACGAUGAUCUGUCCGCUAUGUACCUGACGGAAAGAAAGACGACCGGCAAGCCCCGCGCUGAAAACGAUCAUCAAGAAGUUGAAAUGCUCCUCGAAUCCUAUCACAAGAUCUGUGAUGAAAUUGUCGAGAUAUCUGGCAAUUUAAUCAGCAAUAUUAGGAACACGGAAGAAGUGGUUCGAGCCAUUCUGGAUGCCAAUCGCAACCAGCUCAUGUUGCUCGAAAUCAAAUUUAGCAUUGGCACUCUCGGUCUCGCUGGCGGCACCCUUAUCGCUGGGCUCUAUGGGAUGAACCUGAAGAACUUUAUCGAAGAGUCGGACUUGGCUUUUGGCGGAGUCAGUGUUGUGUGCUUCGGCCUGUCGUGGUUGAUCUGCGUCUACGGCAUGCGCAAAUUGCGCAAAGUGCAAAAAGUGCGUAUGUGGGGUGAAGGACUUGAUCACAGCAUGGGCUUCCGUGGCGGCAAGACAGGAAGUCGAGGAAAUUGGCGCAACGAAGCAGUGGAGAGCCAGGCGCAUAAGAUUGGCAGACUAAAGGCGGGAGGGGUCAAUCUUGGGGGCAGUGCGCAAUCUGGCCGGGUCCUUUGGCCUGGUAUGGAUGGGUUGGGAAUGCAUAAACUCAACAAUGCCGAAAACGACAACCAACAGCAACAAAGUGGUAUCCAUGCCAGGAACGCCAAGGCAAAUGCAGACGCGGCAUCGAAUGUACCUGGCAUGACGAUUCACGAGGAUGUCGACGACGUUGAGGCCAAGAUGAAGGCCGACGCAAAGAAAGAGAAAGGUCUGAUGACCAAGCAGCAAAUGAAGGCACACAAGGGGAAGUAA